UUGACAGAGAAACCCUUUGUAAGUGUGCAGGAAGAGAGGUGAUGCUUUAUUUUGACACAUACCAUGCAAAUUGAUCGAGUUUGCAGGGAGAGGACGGAAACUUCCUGCACACUGUACGGGGAUGUGCCUUUUGUAUCGCAGUGUGGUUUGUGCACGUAUCGUUUCAUUUUACAAACGGCUCUCCUACUGCACUAUGGUGUAGCUGAACUCUGUCUAUGUAAUAAGCUCAAGAUUUAGCAGAGGUAAAACAUUUAUGUUUACUCGGGUUAGUGGAUAGCAGUGUAUAAAAAAAGUGGAUCAAGAGUGCAGGUUUAGCAGCACCACGUUGGUUCGAGCGAGCAGGUGCACUGAAGUCUCUGCUUGAAAGUGCGUAACAAGAGAUGAAGACUUCCUGGCUGUAUGCGACCCUCCUGCCCCUUUUCCUCUUCAGCUGUGCCCUCCCUGAGAAACAGUGCCCUUGGAAAGAUGGUAUCCCAAAUGUUAGGCGUGUACCGCUCUACAGCAAUGUUUCCGUGCCCUGUCCCGGUUUUACAGCAGAGGAGAUGACGUUCACGUUGCAUAGGGGUGAUGAUAAAUUCGCCUCCAUCACGUAUGGGAAUAUGUCAUUAAUAAGAAGCCAAGAAAACUUAGGACGCAUUUUGGAGCACUCUGUGAACAGCUCUGACAACACCACUAAUUUUAUCCUUCUCAAUGUGACGCUGAACGCGACAGGCUUGUACACAUGCAUGGCUGAAAAGGCCUACCCGCCUCCACUGGUAAAGAUCCCGGAGCAACCUCAGAUCAUUGUGAUUGUUGAAGAACAUGGGUGUACACACGCCAGACACAUAGUGGAACCCCCUACCAAUCAUCUGCCCUUUUGGGUGGGCUUUGGGGCACUGAGCAUAUAUGGCCUGAUAAUCACUUUCAUUGCAUUAUCCCUGAGGUUCCGUCUAAAAAGAGAAGACAUGUCCUCACAUGACUACAUGAACAUGAAGCCUCGAGGAUGGCGAAAGAAGCAAGGCAUCAAUCACCCAAACCACCUCAGCUUGUACAAUGACACGGCCAAGGGCGCGGCCGUCAACAAGAAGCUUCAAUCUAAAGGGACAUCUGUUUAACUCCAAAACUCAUCUCGAGCAAAUUGCCCCAGCAUCGCACAUUUUAUUGUGUUCGUCAUGCUUGAAUCCACUUAUUAGAAACAGAUAAAGUGUAUAUUAAUUAGAUGAUGAGUUCAGUCAGGUGUGUUGGAGCGAAGAGAUCAUUAAAAUAUGCAAUACAGGGGAAAUGCUGCACUAAACAAACUUUUAUUCAACCAUCAUAACUACACUUUUAUUUGUGAAGGAACUGUAGCAAAGAUGUAGGCUAAAUGUAAUAUAGAGUUUAGUUUUUUCGCGCAUUUUGUUUCAUUGCUUAUAAAUAGCUACUGUAAUAAACUUACCUAAAAGCUUCUAUCUUUUAAUCAAUAUCUAUUUCCAAAUAUGUAAAAGCAUGUAGCUCCCUGCACAAGAAUUAUUGGCUCCCUUUUAAAAAUGAGCAUGUAGCCUAGACAGUGCUUCAAAGUUGUUUUUUGCAAAUUUUUGGCACCCACCACAAACAUACUGUAAUAAAUUCUCCCAGCAACCUUGUCUGUAUUUUAUCUGGAUAAAGGUUUUGGGUCAUUAUCUUGUUAUAACAUAUGUUAAUAACCAAGCAGUGGUAACCCAGUGUUAGAUGAUUAAAUCCAUUAUUGGAUUCUGUGAUUUAUUUAUUUAUUUAUUUCCAGAAAUGGGGUCAGGGAUAGCUCAUUGGUUAAGGCAUUGGACUACAGUUUAAAUGGUUUCAGGUUUAAACCAUACGACAAUCAAGUUACCACUGUUGGGCCCUUGAGCAAGGCUCUCAACUGCUCAGAUGUAUAAUGAGAUAAAAAUGUAAUUCACUCUGGACAAUGGUGUCUGCCAAAUGUAAAUAUUUUAUUUGAUUUUUAAAUACUAUGUUUUUAUAAUGAUAAAGAGUAUUAAUUUCUUUGCUGAUUUUCUUGCCUGUGCACUGUGGGGCUGACUGUAAACAUACACUACCUAGAGUAUAAAAUAAUGGCUUUAACACCAUAUGCAUGUUCUGAACAGUGUGCAGUA